AUGCCGGUGACUGCAGCUCAUGGCUACCCUGCACACUCCGGGGUCUCCAGUGUACCAAAUCCAGGAGAGGCAGCUGAAGUGUAUAGUGACACUGCCAAGCAGUGGAUCCCAGCCACAGUUCUUCGGAGUGAUGGAUCUGUCAUAACUUUGGCCUACAAACGCAAUGGAGAGUGCGUGGAGAAGACUCUGCCGUGGCCAUGUCGCACCCAUUUGCGUUUUCCACGAGCUCUCAGAGAUGCCGUACCAUUGGCGGCCCCAUUGGUGGCCCCAUUGGUCCCACGGAGUCGACCAGUGUGCAAAAUGGGCAUCAAAUGCAAAAUACGGGAGCCACAGCAUUUGACCACUUUUGCACACCCCUUUGAUCCAGAUUACCAACACUGUCACGCUGGUUUCACUGAGAUGGCUUCCUUGCGGAACUUAUUCACCUGGGUUGACACUGAUGGAUCUGGGAAGAUUUCACCAAAAGAGCUUCAAGAAGCGCUGCCCUUGCUGGAGCGACUGCAUGGAGAUCGGUUGAUGCUAACCAAGGAAUCCUGGGACUUGCUGGACGAGGAUGGCAAUGGCGCUGUCAAUUUUUUUGAGUUCGCACAAUGGGCAGGGCCUCGCUUGGGCCUUCCCUUGGGUAUUGAUGAUCUCUUUGAGCCCGCGUGUGGAGCCAACGCCUGCCCUUGUCGUUCCUUUCGACCCCUUUUGGAUCUUGCCGAGGAUUUGUGUGAGAGCAAGAAAGAAAAGAAAGAAAAGAAGGAGAAGAGAAAGGACAAAAAGCACAAAAAGGAGCAUUGGCAUGUUGUUGCAACUGAUCGCCUGGCCGAUCGCUUGCAGACGUGCCAGUGCGGCCACAAGCGAAUGAUGCACCGACUUUCGCGACCUGCCUGUGCAGUCGCGCCUUUUCCAUGUCACUGGAAAAGUCGUGCAGGAACCGAUUGUGCAGCCAGCUGCAACGAAAUCGUUCAAUUGGAAGCAGGGCAUUUGCCAUUUCUACAACAGCUUGUGAAUAGUACCUACAGCAACGUUUGGACGCGUGAUCGGCGAAGACAUCAUCCAGACACGCCAAAUGUACCGAGCGGAUUUCGAGUUUCUCGGGCUUAUCGGUUUGAAAAUGGCAAGAGCUGGCAAGAAUUUUCUAUUCGACGUGCUGAGCUCCUCGCAGAUGCGAAGGACAACCCGAUCCAACGGUAUGAAGUCCUGACGGGAAAGGUUUGGGCGAAAUACGCACUGCACUUUGGAAUCGAGGAAUUGGCUCAUUCGUGCAAUGAAUGGAUGCUGUUUCAUGGGACGUCACCCGCAGCAGCUCUGGCUAUUUCUAGAAGCGAUUUCCGCAUUGACCUUGCAGGAGGGAGUACUGGAACGUUAUACGGCCGAGGCACAUACCUUGCCGAGAGUAUAACUAAAGCAGAUGAGUACGCAAAGGCCGCCGGUGGAGAGUAUGCGAUGCUACUUGUCCGUGCACUGGGUGGUCAUGUCCGCUAUUGUGAUGAGGUGGAGCCAGAUGCAGAAGACUUAACCCGGAGCUGUAUAGAAGGGCGCUUGCCCAAAUUGUCGACUGCCUGGCGCAGCUUUGGGGACCACAAACUGUCCAGCCAAGCCGCUUUCCUGGCAGUUGAUGGAGGACAUCAGGUCCGAGCCGUUGCAGAUGGAAAAGGAAUAUCGUUUCCUUGCAGUCCUAUGCCAGGAUCCAGAGGCAGUCGUGCACAGCUCCGUGUUUCUGGUGCAGAAGACAAUCAAGUUCAAAGACCUCCCAGACUGAUGAAAGACGGUCCCAGCAUGGCAUGCGGAUUCUCUUUCAAGAGCGGCUUCGAGAAAAGGGUGCUGCAACAAAUCGAGAAGUGUAACAAGUUCUUCAUCGGUGCUGCCUGCACUUUCUCUUUUUGCCAUUGCUGCCAGUGUCGCACUGACACUGGUAGCGGAGCGCUGCCUGAGAUCUUCCGCGAGAGUGGCAACGCGGAGUGGAAGGUCUGCAAGGGCCUUGGGGUGAGCCUCAUUGCGUGUGACAAGCAGGGUGCAGAAUAUCCACAUAGUGGUGCAAUCACUGCUCGUGUGACGGAGUUUGACCCGAUUGUCCUCCUGAUCACGAUGGGUGACAAAGACAAGGAUUUUCGAUGUGGCUGGGAUGGCGACAUCAGUACCUUCCCAGACUAUGUGCGCCGGGUGAGGUUGAUCUUCGAGAAGACGAGACGGAGGCGCCGCAAGCAUCUUGGCCCCGAUCUCGUGGCCCAAUUGACAGGCCGUGCAUGGGUCAUCACCCAGGAGAUCGACCACACCAAGCUGACUCAGGACGAUGGUGCUCGGUACCUCGUGGACUUCUUGGAGGAGAAGCUCGCCCGAGUACCAGUACCUGAUGCAGGUGUUCGUGCAGAAGAACUUUUAGUUCGUCUUCGCCGACCACCUGGGAUGACGAUGGCUACCUGGUGCGCAACUGCCAGGGAGUCCUACAGGAAGUUGCAAAGGGCUCUCAAGAGGGCAAGGCCGGCAUCACAAGCGCCGACUAGCCCAGGCCGUGAGAGCUCAAUGGUUCCUUCGCCCUCCACUUUGCGAAGGGAUGUGCAAUCUCUUGGGACCCCGACACCUGGCUCUUCAGCGACUUCACCUUCGAGGCGAUCCCGCAGAGCUUCAGCUGGCACAGUGCCAGAACCAGAGCAGAUGCCGACUCCAGAACGUCAGGCACAAGCUGCUUCAGCAGAACCUCAUGGAGAUGGAGCAGAAGAUGAAGAAGAAGUUGAGGAGUUUGGAGAAGACCCCAUCACCGGGGAAACGUCCUUCCAACGUGGCGUUGCGAAGGGCAUGGGAAAAAGGUUUGAAUCGCCCUCCAAGUCGCGCUCUGGAAAGCGCAAAGCUGCAGAAGACUCCAGUUCGUCUUCUGAUGGUGGCACUGCUUGGCACAUGAAGCAGUGGUCUGAGAUGGACUCCGGCCUUCCAGAAGUUCUUCCUACGGAACUGCUGGGUUGGUUGAUGUUGAGGCGCUGCAACCUCACAGCUCAACAGAGGCUCAACAUCUUGAGCACCACCGGCAACUCACUGAAGGCGGAGGACAUCGAGAAUGCGCUGAGAGGUGCCGAAGAUGAACUACGAGUUCAAGAAGAUGCCAAAGGAAAGGGCAAGGGUGGCAGAUCCAUCAACCGCCCAAACUUUUGGAUCGAAGAAGGUGGAGAAUGGGGAUUGCUAGCUGCAGAUGAAGCUGAAUUCCUGGAAGGAAGUCUGGAUGAUGUCCACUGGGUCGGCAAAGACAUUGCCGCCAUCUAUGGGGCUACAUCGACUUCACCGCCUUCGACGACCUCAAGCCAUCCUAUGCCUGCUGAGCCCAAAUGGACUUCAGUUUCAAAUGGGUACUGGUUCCAAGAUGAGUGGGGCCAAUUCACCUUCUGGUCACAGCAUCAAGAUGGCGAGUACUACACCAUGGACGACGACGGCGUCUACUGGACAUGGCCUGAGUUCAUGGAGGAAGCUGCAUGGUGGAGUGCCUCGCCGGAGCAACAGAAGGAGAUCAAUGAUGCCUUCGCUGCCUAUGACCAGAAGAUCCGCUCUUUCAUGGAAUCCCGUGAGCUGCUGCGCAACAAGGGCGCCAGCAGAGGAUACUACAAAGGUGGCAAGCCUUUUGGAAAAGGCAAAGGCAAAGGCUUGGGAAAAGGGAAGUCCAAGCCAUCUUCAUCGGCUGGACAGACGUUCUUCCAGAACCAGCCGAGUGAUGUGCUUGCAUCUGUUGGCCAGCCAGGCUACACUGGAUGCUUUGUGUGCGGAAGCAAGUCUCACGACUUCCGCUCCUGCCCUCAGCGCGGUGGAAAAGGAAAACCUUCGACCGCCAAGGGUGGAAUCUACAUGGUGACCGAUGUGGAGGAGACCGCAGCUGUGGCUUUGCCGUCUUCUUCGACCAGGCCUUCAUCGAUCGAAGAUGCCUGGGCUGCUCAUGUGGCGAAUCCAGAUCUCCGUGGACACGCCGUUUUGGACACAGGCGCAACGGAGACAGUGACUUCGCUGGCUGCAUUGGAAGCCAUUCACAGGCGAAGGACAGAAUUGUUGGGUCACACAGAUCAUGUUGAAGUUGUUCCGGGUCCGGGGAAAGUUUUUAGGUUUGGUAAUGGUCAAACACAACAAUCAGAAAGUUUCGUUUAUUUGAAGCAGCAGGUAGGAAACCAUGAGAUCAAGUUGGGCGCGUAUACGAUAGAUGCGUCAGGAGUGCCCCUGCUGCUGGGGAUAAGAACCCUUGAGAGGUUAGGUGCGAUCUUAGACACCAAGCAAGGUUUCUUGGUGAUGAAGACGGUCGACCCGACCCUGGUAGUCCCUUUGAAAAGGUCUCCGACCGGACACCUUCUUUUGGAUUUGUGUUCCAAUUGGCUCGAUGGUGGUGCCAAAAUCCUGUUCCAGACCGAGAUUUCUCCCAUGUCGGUUGAGGAAGAAGCGUUCAAUGUCGUGAGCUUUGAUGGAGUUUGGAAUGAUUUUGAGAAGGUGAAAGGUAAUGAGGUGGAAAGUUUUCAGCAGUCAAGUUCAUCACCUACAGCACCCCACUCGUGCGCGGACAUUGACAUCGUUGCGCACACCUUCACCUACAACAACCGAGCUGCGUUUGAUGAUGUUUUUGUGGUUUUUGAUGAUUCAAGUUUGAUGCAAGUUCAUGAAGAAACUGUGCAAUUUCAGAACAUGAACAUGACCACUUCCAGUACCACAUCUCACAUGUCACGUUCUUCAAGUUCCAGUGGAGCCAGAACCUCAAUGCUCUUACCGCCUCAUCAUUCAGCGGACCAAGACCAAGCAAUGAGCUUGAGGAUUCUAGCCCUCCUGGCUUCCACCUCACUUCUUGCUGUUCAUGGCGCAGCCGACGGCCAAGAUCGCUGCGACCCCGAAAGUGGCUGCGAAACCGGCUACAAAGCCGAAAGCCAAGGUGAGCUGGGACACCAAGUACGAUGCCUCUCGCACCACGGGACCGGAUGUGAGAGACCCCCGCUGCCAGGGAGCUCCAUGCUACGGCAGCCAUGUGACGGCCAAACCAGGCCGCGGGUCACCAUCGGGCAGCAAUGCCCACGGCUCGUGGGAAGCAUGCGAGAAGUGCCUACUGAGGCUGUCAUACACUCCGGCCUUCGGAGCCCAUGCGCUCCAUCGCAAAGCAGGACCAUUACCUUCGGACACGGCCAACAUGGUGUCCAAGGUAGGUCCCAACAAUGCUGGCUACAACGACAAGAUGAAGGACCGCAGCAUUGCCUUGGAUGCAGCGGAAGUGUCAGCAGAGAAGAAGCUGGAGAUGGUGCGUGCCCAGAAAGCCGCUUGGAUGAAACAGCAGAAGGAAGGAAGCCCAAUGACCAAUUCGACAGGGGCAACGGCGUCGGAAGUUCCUCCAGUGACGCCAACUGCCCAGUACUCCGAGGAGAUGGGAACAACACCUGGAAGAAAAGCUCGGAGACCAGAGGCGACAGCCGAACAGUUGGAGUACGACGGCCGCUCCACACAGUCUUGGAGCGAGGUGGCUGGAACGCCGCCGACAUCGACUCCAUGAAUGAGCUCAACUAUGAGGCAAAGGUUGACCCGAAGUUCCACGUUCAGGACUUUGACAACCAGGCGUUCUUCAAGAAGGACGACAUGGAUGACUAUGACUUCAAUAUGGAUGUUGAAGAAGCGUGGAUGACCAAUGCAACCUUUGACCAGAUGGAGCCCAGUGAGAAGAGGAUGUUGAACGAUGCCCUGCACUGCCCCUACGAAGAUUUGGAGGAGUGCUUUGGCAACCUGAUAGCUCAGAGUGAUCAACAUCGUCAACUUGACCUUAUGGAGCUUUGCUGUGAGAAGGACAGCCUGCUGUCCACCUACAUGGAGAAAGGUGGAGGCACAGCUUUCAGAGCUGGUCUUUUCAAUGGCUUCGACCUCAUGACGGAGCAUGGAACGCAGCUGGCCAUUGCAGCUGUGAGACGUUUGAAGCCGAAGCUUCUUUGGGCCAGUUUUCCAUGUGGGCCGACCUCUCCGAUACAGGCUUUGAAUGAGCUGACGGAAGAGGGGAAACGCAAAAGCCGUGAACGAGUUCGUCGCUCACGGAAGCUUGUGAGAAAUGGGAUCAGAGUUUUGGAAGCUCAGGUUCUUGAAGGAGGACAAAUCGUCCAAGAAUGGCCCAGGUUCAACAAAGCUUGGAAGUUUCCCGAGAUCUUGGAGUUUUGGCAAGCUCUUGGAGUUCGUGAACCUUGGGAAGACGUUUUGUUGGAUGGUUGCUGCUAUGGCCUUCAAGUGCCUGAAGGUUUUCUCAAAAAGCCUUGGUGCCUACGUUGCUCAAAGGUAGGUGUCUUCACCUCGAUGGCAAGACAAUGCCCUGGAGGACAUCAACAUGUACCUACAAUGGGUGGCAACCGCACCAAGCACUCUGCCCUCUACACUCCACGGCUAUGCCAAACAGUAUGCCAUGCUUAUCUUCAAGAUCAAAGAGCUGGCGCUGCAUUUGGAGCUUUGGAGAUGGAAGUGGACCGUGAAGGUCUCAAACAAAUGACAGAUCAAGAGCUGCAACACUUGAGUCAGAGUGUUCUCAAAUUACACCGACUCUGUGGCCAUCCUGGCAAUCGGGCUUUGAUGAAAACCUUGGCUGCUCGAGGUGCUGAUGGCCGAACCUUGGCCGUUGCUGAAAAGCUCAACUGCAUGGAAUGUUUAGAAGGUCAAAUGACCAAGCCUUCCACCAAAGUGGCUUUGGAGAAAGAAGAAGUGAUUUGGAGGACUUUGCAAAUGGACACCUUCUACUUCAAGUAUGGCGACCAAGUCCAUCACUUCCUCCUUAUGUUGGAUGAAGCCUCAGGUUUUUCGGUGGUGAAACAGUUCUCAGUUCACAGUGACGAGGACCACCAGAACAUCACCACUGCCGAGACCCUGGAGAUCCUUCAACAGUGCUGGUUUCAGUACUUUGGCAUGCCUCACAGGAUCAGAUGUGAUCUUGAAGGCGCUUUCAGAGGUGAUCUUUUAGAGAUCUUUUGCAAGGAACGCGGAAUAGAACUCACACUAUGUCCUGCAGAACAUCAUGAAUCAAUUGGAGAAGUUGAACGUAGUGUGGGUGAGCUGAAGAAGAAGAUGACCGCUUACUUGCGGAAUGAGGCCGACUCGUCUCCCUCUGAAGCCGCUGCUGAAAUGUGUGGUGCUCACAAUCGCAUUGCACGGAUUGGAGGCUAUGCUCCCAACCAAUGGGCUUUUGGCCGUGAUGUGGAUGAAAGAGAUAACUUGGCUCUUGCAAGUGCUCAGAGCGAUCCCUCAUCUGAGAUGCAUCGCAGUCUUCAACGACGACUACGAGCUGAAGGUCGCUAUCGUGAACUUCAAGCACAGGCCAAGAUUUCUCGAGCCCUCAAUGCAAAGGUCCAGAAAUCCACACAGUUCAUCCCUGGUGACCUGGUCUACUACAAAAGGUUCAAGACCCCAGCAGAUACACCUGCUCAUGCCUUGCUUGACACGCCUUCUAUGAAAGUGUCAAGGUGGUUUGGACCUGGACGUGUUUUGGCGUCCGAGACCAGAGUUUUGGAUGAAGGAGCGACACGUGCUCCAUCAAAUGUGGUUUGGAUUAUUUCACAAGGGCGUCUCAAGAAGACCCACUCAAGCCAAUUGCGCCAUGCCAGUGAGCGUGAGAAGCUCAUCGCUGAAGCCACUGAGGCACCAACAUUGCCCUGGACAUUUACCUCCCUGGGACGAACCUUGCAGAAAGGGGAAUAUGAGGAUUUGACCAAAGAGCCGCCUCGACGAGGACGACCUCCUGGCUCACUCAACAAACCAAAGGUCACAAUCUUCAAGCCCAAGCGAGACGCAACCUCUUCUGCUUCAGCGUCCAGACCUGCAGAUUCACCUGAACCUACUCAGCCUGACAUGGUGGACUCUGAUGAAGAGUUGAUCCCCGAUGAUGAUGGAUUACCUCCUGAAGAUCAACGAGAUUCAGGACAAGAUCAACCUUCUGCAGAAGUUCCAGGUGAAGAAAGGCCGGAAGACCUUGAUGUGGAUCGUCUUUUGGAAGAUCCUCGCUACAUGCCUAUGAGAACAAUUGCAGAUGAAGAGCUGAAGAGAAGGAGGACUGAGUUUGCAAACCUUCGGAGAUCUCAUGAGAUGGCCGACCGCCCCUUUCAUGUGAUGAAACAACUUGGAGAUCCCGCUGCUGGACCACCUGCUCCCAAUUUUUGGGUAAUGGACGACUCCGAGAAUGACAUCUUUGGCGUCAUCAUCGACAUGCCCAAGGAUGAGACGGAGUGGAAAAAGGUCCUGAAGAACCCUGCCAAAUUUGCAGCAAAGUCAGUAUCGAAAGGUGCUGAAGUUGCCUGGCACAAACUCAAUGCUACGCAACGUGCUGCGAUGGCUGAGGCAAAGCAGUUGGAAGUUUCCCAAUGGGUGCAGCAGAAAGUUUGCGAGCGUUUCAAAGGUGUGAUUCCACCGAGUCGUUUGAUGAGAACUCGAUGGGUUUUGGUUUUCAAGUCGGUUGAUGAUGAUGAGACAAAGGUGAAGUGCAAAGCACGAAUUGUGCUGCUGGGUUUCACUGACCCUGACCUUGGCAACCUGGAGACCGCCGCCCCAACUUUGAGCCGGCGAUCCCGCCAACUUUGCCUUUCCCUGUCGACUGUGAGACGCUGGAAGACCUACAAAGCUGAUGCCAAAUCUGCGUUUCUACAAGGUCGUCAGACCCAAAAGCACAGAGACAUCUUCAUCACACCCGUGGCCGAAUUGGCCCAAUCAAUGGGCAUUCCUCCCGGUGAAGGAGCUCGCAUGUUGAAGGCCGCAUAUGGUUUGGUCUCUGCCCCUCGUGAAUGGUUUGGCGAGGUGGAUGAAGUGGCCGCCAAUAAAUGUGCCAUGAAGAGGCUCAAGACAGACCCUUGCAUCUGGAUCAAACAGGAUGCCCGGUCUGGAAGGACCAUUGGCUACUUUGCCAGUCACGUUGAUGAUUUCUUGGUGGCCGGCGAGUGGGAGAAUCCAGAAUGGAUCAAGACUGUGGAACUCUUCAAGCAGGCCUUUGUGUGGAGCCCCUGGGAAGAACAAUCUUUUGCUCAUUGUGGUGUUGCGCUGGAGCAAAACGCCGAUUUCAGCUUCACGUUCAACCACAGCAACUACGUGGAGCAGAUCAACCAGAUCACCAUCAAUGACAAGGUGGACCACAUUUCCCCUGAGGAGAUGACACAAGCUCGCGCCGUGUUGGGCUCUAAGGACAUUCUGCACCAGAUCAACAAGCUCUGCCGAGAAUGCCACGCUCAACGUUUCCAGUCCAUUGCUAUCAAGAACCUUGGAAUCCAAAGAGACGAAGACAUAGCAUUUGCAUGUUGGACGGACGCAGCCGUUGGCAAUAGGCCUGAUAUGUCUUCGACUGGAGGCUACAUGGUUGCAAUGGUGCAUUCUGCCUUCCUCAAUGGGCAGAAAGGUGUGGCAAACCCUAUUUCAUGGAAGAGUGGAAAACUUGGCCGAGUGGCGAAGUCUUCGUUGUCGGCCGAAAUACAGGCCCUAGGUGAUGGCGAGCAGGAGCUCAUGUACAUCAGAGCUGAAUGGGCUGAGCUGACUGGCUAUGAGCUCAACCUUCGGCAGCCUGAACUGGCAACUUCAAAAAUCCCAGGCGCUGUGAUCAUCGAUGCGAAGUCCGUCUAUGACGCCUUCUACAAGGGCGAGGGAGCUUCAUCAGCUUUUUCUAUGAAAGAAAAAUAUGCAGCGCUGGAUUUGAUGGCCAUCACCGAGAACCUCAGAAAACAGAACACACCACUUCUCUGGGUAGCAUCGGAUGCUCAGUUGGCUGACGGCCUUACCAAAGCAGCCGCCGCUGAAGCCCUACUUCAUUUCCUUCAACGAGGGCAAUUGUGGGUGGUGAAGUAUGACCCGGAGUUCAUUGCAGCAAAGCGUAAGAAGGCCAAAGGGCUUUCUGAGAAGAUUUUAGAUGAUUUUGCUGAACCACCGUCCGACAUGACGUGGCAACAGCUCAUCCAACGAUUGGCUGAAAAGGAGCGACAGCAAAUCGAGAAGUGCAACAAGUUUCUUUGGGUGCAACGCUAUGCUGCAGAGUCGACGCGGCUCUUUGACAUUGGUGUUCGACUGCUGCGGAUGGACACCAUCAUCCGUGAAACUGCCAAUGAUCCCAGCACGAUUGGCCGAGCAUAUUCCGUCACCGUGUCCAAUGCUGGGCUCUAUGGCCUUGGGCCCAAAGAUGGCCGCUAUGGCCAGUUGAGACUGCAGAAAAUCUACUUUGGAAUCUCUGCAGCGAUCAGUGGAUCGUUGGUCUCAGCUUCAUGCUUAACGGUGAAUGGCGAUUUGCUGGUGACUGCGGUGAGUGCCGCCCCCUUGGUGAACCGAUCGCAUCUGGAGACCUUUUCUGAUUCGAUGAUUGGAUCUUUGACCAUCGCUGCAAUGCAGAAGAAGCCCUUGUCAAGGAAGGGAACGCCACUCGUGGAGAAUCCACUUGAUCCCAGGGGUGGUCUGCCUUGGUACUACUUGCUGGAGACACCGAAAGGUACCCUACAAUGUCCAGAAUACGAGGAGCUAAAAAGCUAUUCGAUGCCAGCAUUUGAUGUCGACAAGUACGUCGGAGUUUGGUAUGAAUUGGCCUUCCACGACAUUACGCAAUGUAACGGCUGCGGCUGCACCCAAUUCAACAUGACACGGCAUGGCAACGUCAUUGAGGACAUGUUUACGGUCACAUGCCCAUGGCCAUGGACGAAGGGGGUUGAUGGGCCAUGGCUGCCGGGAUACAAUGUGAAUGGCAACAGACGCAUGAACAUGUGGACAUGUAACAUGACCAUGUACUACAAGCCGCAGAACCCCGGUGUGAUGUUGGAGACAGGCUUCGGUCAGGAGUUCGACAACAUGGUCCUGGAAAUCUGGAGCGAUCCUGAAAUUACCGCGCAAACUGGCUAUGAGUACACCCGAUCCAUUCAGUUCCAAUGCCUAGGUUCCGAGAGAGAUGGGAUUACCUUCACAGGAAUCAACUUUCUCUCCCGGGUUCCCAUUGUUACGGAGACCGACACCCCAGACUCAUCGUUGCUUGACGCUGGAAAAGAGAUGGCUCUACGCAUCUUGCUGGCCAGUGAAAAGCAGGUGAGCGACGACUUGGAUCCACCACUUCGUUCUGGGCUGGCCCCACCUCGGCCACCACCGUCCGUCAUCUUGUCGUCUCUCUUUGAUCAAGGAGUCCGAAGCAAGUUCCAUGGCGAAAUCAAGAGCUUCAGCGAAGCCAAAGGCUACGGCUUUAUCAGUUGUGAAAAGGUGUGGAAUCUGCUACGGUGUGACGUUCACUUCUCCUUGAGCGAGGUCUAUGAUGUGGAUCCACAGCAGAUCUCCGAGAAGGUGCGGGUAGGGUCGAAAUGCACCUUUUGGUGCAACCUUGAUCGCAGCGGACGGCCCCAGGCCAAGGUGGUUCGGAUCACCGAGGUGGCAGAAAGGCCGCCAGAAAACAAGACCCUGACCGAGACGGAUCAAGUAAAGUACGAGGGCCGUAUCAAGUCAUUCAAAGAAGACACAGGGUAUGGCUUCAUCAGCUGUGAUGAGACGUUCAAAAAGUUCAAUCGGGACGUCUUCCUCCAUCACAAGCAGCUUGCCAACUGCAAAGCCAAGGUUGGAGAUUUGGUCCGGUUCAAGAUCUUCGAGUCCAAGGGGCAGCCCAAAGCGUUGGGCUUGGAAUUGAUUGAGGCUGCUGAUGCUCCUCAAAGCCCCCAAGCAAGUGACAAGGCUGCUGAUGCUCCACACAGCCCUCAAACAGCAAGCGACAAGGCCGCAUCAACACAGGACACGGCUUCUGCGCGUCUCUUGGACGAUGAACAGGAUCCAGCUGAUCUUUGGGAGCAGGGUUGGACACGAUACCGCAUCUCAGAGUCUUCGGACGAGUACUGGUGGUGCCGGGAAAAGACCAACGAGUACUUUUUGGAAAGCGAACCUGAUGAGUGGUCGAAAUUCCUCGAUCCGAACACAGCUAAAGAAUAUUGGUGGCACCAGAGUGGAAGGUGCUUUUGGGUAUGA